AUGGUUGACAGGAUUAGCACCAUGCCUGAAGGUGUUCUCUCUCACAUUCUCUCAUUUCUUCCUGCUGAAGACGCUUUUGCCACAAGGCUUCUCUCUAAGAAGUGGAAACCACUCUGGCUUUUAACCCCCACUCUCGACUUCGACCAGCAUAGAUCUGGAAAUCUUCUACCAUCACCCUCUUCCUUCACCCAAUUCAUAUACGCAGCCAUUCUCGGACGAAGCAUUCACCAACCCAUCAAAACGCUUCGUCUCAAAGGACGUUAUUGUUCAAAUCUCCAUCUAAAUAUCUGGUUAAACGCUGCAGCUGAGCGACAAGUUCAGACCCUUGAAGUUGAUAUUCCCUGUCGAGAGCACCUAUUCCCGAUCUUACCAUGCAGCAUUUUCAGCAUAAAAACUCUUGUUCUCCUCAAGUUGAAAGAUGUUGCUGCAUUUUUUGAUGCUUUUUCUGUUGAACUUCCUUCACUCAAAGUUCUGCAUUUGGACACUGCCAGAUUUUUAGAUCCUCAACAUCUUAUGAUGCUUCUUAAUGGAUGUCCCAUUCUUGAAACAUUGAAAGCUGAGGGUGUAACUUUUAAAGUUGAUGAUGGCCCUUCAUCUUCAUUUAAGAGCAACUUUAAAACUUUAUCUAAGUUGGUCAAAGCAGAUGUUAUUCACGUGAUGAUGAUGGAUUAUCACAUUCCUGUGAGAAUUUUUUGUCAUGCAGAGUUUCUUCGCUUAGACAAGUACUGCGAUGUAGACAUUCCUAUAUUCUCCAAUUUGAUUGAUCUGGAGCUCAUCUCGGGGUUCAAUGUUCAAUGGAAAUCGUUGAUCGAUAUGCUCAAUCGUUGCCCGCAGCUUCAAACUUUUGUCUUUGAAAACAUAGCUAGGCCUGAUGAUGAUGAUAAUAUUUGGCUAAACACACAUGUUGAUGUUCCUGAAUGCUUUUCUUCACAGCUCAGGAGGUUCGAUUUUAUAAAUUUUACAGGCAAAGAAUGUGAGAUGAGGUUUAUCAAGUUUGUUAUGCAAAAUUCAACAUCGUUACGCACCAUGACAAUUUCCAGUAUGCCUGACCUAAAUCUUGAAAAAAAGCAUGCUGAAAUGUUAGAAGAACUAGCCUCAUGCCCAAGGAGCUGUAAUUUUUAUGUUUGUUAG